AUGGUGAAAUAUAAAUAGACAGCGACUUUUCUUGUAGUGUUCUGCUGAGUGCGGGAUGGGCGUACGAACGCGAGAUGUCUUGUGCUUGACCAAUCACAUCAGCAGCCUCCCUCUGGAGGGUUGCGGCAGCGAGCGACCUCCCGACUCUCAAGUGUGCGACACGGGCCCUUGCGACAACGCCAUUGAGUGGUUCACCGGCCCCUGGAGCCAGUGUUCCGCAGAGUGCGGUGUGGGCAAGCAGGAGCGGGCGGUGGUGUGUCUCAUGAGGUCCCGAGACACGGUUGCCGUGGCGCCCCAGUACGAGUGCUCGUCGCUGGAAAGACCGCUUAGCCAGCAGAGCUGCAACGUGAAAGCGUGCGGAGCAAAGUGGUACUACACGGAAUGGAGCGCUUGCUCCAAAACAUGCGAGCGAGGAUUCCGUGUGCGUGAGGUGCGCUGUCUUUCCGAAGAUAUGCAGUCCAGCACCAGCUGUGAGGAGCGGCUCAAACCGGCCGAACGGGAAGACUGCAACCCCGAACCUUGUGUAUCUCAAAUCGACCAGCACUGCAAAGACGAGUACUUCAACUGCAACGUGGUGGUCCAGGCCCGCCUGUGCGUCUACGACUACUACAAGAAGACCUGCUGCGCAUCCUGCUCUCGCCACCCCCACAGACACUCCGUGGUCCACAAGGGGCGCAGCUAACACUCAUCGGGACAGGAAGUAAAAACAUUUGCAUGCGGCAAACAAUGAAAAUCCACUCAACAGAUGGCACCAAGUUGAGGAAAUGGCCUCUGUUAAUCUAUUCAAAAGUUCUGUCCACAUUUGUCGGGUGCGUUCUUUAAGACCUUUUGCGGUCUGGGUCCUUCGAAGGCUCCUGCUCGUGUAGCUUGCGUGGACCGCAUGAACUGUGGCGAAUUAGGCCUAGCCAAGAAGAAGAACGCCGUAGAAGAAAAGCAGAGCAAUGUAGACUACAAAAGUGUGCUUCGAAGCAAGCCUCAGGGCCCGUCUCCAUUGUGAAUUCGGACACUGGUGUGUGGUCGAGGCGCGUAGGAAAUUAUGCCUUUGACGGCUAUCCAAAUUCGUAGGCUGUGUAGCCUACAAAUUUGCAUACAGCCAAGGACGCAUUCAAGAACACUGGGAAUUUGGAUUUACCCUAUUAUU